AUGAAAGCAGACGAAGCCUCCUUACUUGAUUUUUUGAAACCUUACAAAUUCGAUACAACAUUUAGGGAAAACGGCGCGCACGUGGAGCAUACCUAUGGUGGGGAGGGUGUAGUCAUGGGAAUGUCGGAUGGGGAGGAGGCCGAGGAUCGGACGUUUGGUUGCAAUUGCAAAAAGAAGCGCCAUCUGGAAUUUAACAGGAGAGCUAGAGCUGUUAAGAGGCUUGACCGGGGCCGAACGAAGAGCGCAAUUUUUUUACGUGAGCUUCGAUCCAUGAUCGUAGUUAGAGAUUGCGAACACAUUGUGAAAUGUUUCGGCUGGUACGAAGACAAGUCUUUCUAUUUUAUCGCGAUGGAAUAUGCCGAACAUGGAGAUUUGAACCAACAUCUCAUGAAUUCGACACCAAAACCGGCGCUAGAGCAGAUCAAAGAAAUCAUCUACCAGAUUCUCAAAGGGCUCGUGGUUCUUCACGGUAAAGAUAUAUGCCACCGGGAUUUAAAGCCGCAGAAUAUCCUUAUUACCUCGUUACAGCCCAUCCACAUCAAACUUGCCGAUUUUGGAAUAUCUAAGUGUUUUGGAGGCACAGAGUUAAGAACCAUGCUAGGGACGCCAGGUUUUCUAGCCCCUGAACUCCUCGGGAUUUUGCCCCAAAGGUUUCGUUCAAAGGGAUCAAACUCUUACACCAAAGCAGUCGAUAUAUGGGCUUUAGGAUGUCUCGUUUAUAAUAUGCUUACGCUAGAGGCCCCAUUCCUUGCUUCUACGUCUAUCGAGGAACAAUCAACCAUCUCGAUAGGCCUAGGUGAUUUUCAUGGAUAUUGCCAAAGAGAACUUGAUUAUGGGCUCCUCUACAACUACUGUGACGGCGGAAAUCAUGUUAUUACUGACUCUUUUCGAAAGCUUGGCGUGGCCGAGAGUGAGAUUAUGUUUGUAAAUCGACUCCUAGUCGUUGAUCCUAAGUCUAGAAUUUCUGCUGCAGCCGCUCUCAUGGACCCGUGGUUUUUACAAGUCUUAUACACCCUUGAUUCACCGAGGAAUGAUCGAAAUAUCGGUCUCCGAGACCAUGACAGCUGGUUUUUGAUUGAAUCAGCAAAGUACGGGCGUCUGGAUCUUGUUUACACCUUCUUGGCAGCCGGAGCCGACGUCCGAUGGGUCGAUGACAAUGGGAACACCGCCCUACAUCUCGCUGCCAUGAAUAGGCAUCAUGAUGUUGUGAAGGUUUUACUAGAAAGGGGCGCGGACAUGGACGAGGAAAAUGAUUGUGGACAGACACCACUACAUCUGGCUGUUUUGUCAGGCCGUGAAGCCAUUAAUAUUGUGCAGCUUCUGCUGGAAAGGGGCGCGGAUUUGAGCGCUGCAGACUUACAAAGACGGACUCCACUACAUCUGGCCGCUUCCCGGAGCCACGGAGACGUUGUGCGGCUUCUUCCAGAAAAGGGCGCGGAUUUGAGCACUGUAGAUCAAAAAGGAAAAACCCCACUAUAUAGCGCUGCUCAGGCAGGCUAUGAAGGCAUUGUGCGGCUUCUGCUAGAAAAUGGCGCGGAUUUGAGCGCGGCAGACUCAGCUGGAUACACUCCACUACAUCGGGCUGCUUGGUUAGGCCAUGAAGAUAUUGUGCAGCUUCUGCUAGAAAAGGGUGCAGAUUUGAACGCGGCAGGCUCAGGAGGGGAUACCCCACUACAUCGGGCUGCUUUCCGGGGCCACAAAGACAUUGUGCGGCUUCUUCUAGAAAAGGGCGCGGAUGUGCGCGCGGUAGAUAAUGUCAGAUGUACAGCACUACAUCGGGCUUGUUUGGAGGGCCAUGUAGCCAUUGUGAGGAUUUUGCUAGAAAAUGGUGCGGAUGUGUGCGCGGUAGACUCAGAAGGAGACAGCCCACUAGACCACACUUUGGAUGUUGACUGUAAAAAGCUCUUGAGGCACGCUUUAGUGACCAAGGGGGAGGCACAAGACAGAUGA